UGCGUACUUCGUAUUCAGACUCUUGGUGCACCGUAUCGUCUUCGGAUAAUGUGAGAGGGUGAAGAAUGUGAAAAGUGUUUAAAUAAAUAAUAAAAAAUAAUAAACUUACAAACAUGCUAAGAUUAUACUACAAUGGAGCGCUGAGCGUUUUCUUUGCCAGCUGCUUGUUAGCUGGAGUAAAUUGCGAUGCCGAUCUCGACGACAGCUUCAAUAUCGAUUACGUUGAUGGAAUAGUGAAUUCAAACGCAACCAGUUCAACAGCUGAAAAUGGCGAUGACAUAAUUCCAAAAGAAUUACCUGUAACUAAGAAAACGUCAAUUGAAACAAGUCAAACGAAUGUCGAUAACAGUACGCCCAACUAUUUUCCGCAGUUUAAAGAUACAAUGGAGGAAACGGGCUGCGGUUUUGGUUAUCCCAGUGGAUUAUCUAUGUAUGCCGAAGUAAUCAACGCAUCUGACGUACAGUUUGGCGAAUUCUCUUGGACUGUGAAAAUACACUAUGACGAAGGGUUUAUCGGGACUGGAACUCUGAUUGCGCCAGAUAUUGUGCUUACAGCCGCCAGUUUAUUGCGGGGCUUAAAACGGGAAAAUCUGAUGAUACGGGCUGGAGAAUGGGAUAUUGGGAGCGUUACGGAAGCCUUUCCGCAUCAAGACCGUUCGGUGAAAUUAAUUAUAAGUCAUGAAAAAUUCUAUGGUGUGGUCAAUAAUAUUGCCCUACUCGUUGUGCAAAUGAAGUUUCUUUUCCAACCAAACAUUAGAACCCUCUGCCUGCCCAGUCCGGGCACCAUAUUCGACUACAGUACCUGCAAAACAACUGCCUGGCGACCUGCCACAAACGGCAGGCCGCAACAAACGCUUUUCCAAAUUCAGCCCAGCCACAAGUGCGAUCAACGUCUGCCCAGACCAUAUUUGAGGCAAAAUUACACUCUGGAUGAGAGUGUAAUGUGUGCCAUAGAUGCGAAUCUUCAAAAUUCCGCCAUUCUGAACAGUGGUGCCUCGCUUUUCUGCCCCAUGCUGGGGACUAUGAAUCGAUACACCCAAGCGGGCAUCGUUAUCGGCAAUGUUAACCGCAGCGAAUCUAAAACUGGACUCUUUGUUAAUUUGACUCAUUUAAUGCCCUGGAUAUUCAAACAGCUUGGACCGCGUCAAACAGAUUUAAAAUACUAUUUGCCUUAGAAAAAACUUAGCUUUGCAAAUGUAUAAAUGUGGGAUUGCUUGGUAAUGUUUAUUCCACAUGAUAUGAUAAGAACAUUUACCUAUUAUAAUAAUUAAUCCAUAAUCUACUAUGACUAUGCAAUUAAAUAUCAUUGGGUGUUAUUAUU